AUGGAAUAUUGUCCUGGUGGCGGUGUGAUUGAUUUGAUGAAUCGAAGAUUACAGCAACGAUUAACAGAACCAGAGAUUCUAAAGAUAUUUAGUGAUGUCGCAGAGGCACUUGCUUAUAUGCAUUAUUGUAAUCCACCCGUAUUACAUCGAGAUCUGAAAGUCGAGAAUAUUUUGAUUCUAAAUCAAGAUCAUUAUAAAUUAUGUGAUUUUGGCUCUGCCUCCCUUUCCAAGGGACAGUACAUUCCGAAUACAUUGCGUGAUGUACAGAAACUGGAAGAUGAUAUUCAACGUCAUACUACACUUCAAUACCGUGCCCCCGAAAUGGUUGAUGUCUAUCAAAAGAAACCUGUAAAUGAAAAGGCUGAUAUUUGGGCUAUGGGUGUAUUACUAUAUAAAUUAUGUUAUUAUACCACUCCCUUUGAAGAAGAAGGUCAAUUAGCCAUCUUGAAUGCUAGAUAUACGAUACCCAAUUCCCCCAUGUUCUCUGAGGGCAUGCGUAGAUUAAUUAUCUCUAUGCUGCAGGAAGAUCAGAACCGUAGACCCAAUAUAUAUCAAGUCAUGAACUCUGUGUGUCAUUUAAGAGGUUUAGAAUGUCCUAUCCGUGAUAUUUAUUCUGAACCCAUUAUCACACCUCAGCAGCAACAACAACAACAACAGCAGCAGCAAUACACAUCCUAUCCACCCGAGAAUCAUGCCAUCUUUGAAAAGGUAGCUUCACCCACACAAGAAAUACCUACGAUUACACCCAUGCGACGUGGUAGACCAGGCAGGACAGAAAGUCCGGGUACGACAGGUCAUUCAGCCUCCUCCAGCGAGACAUUUGAUCCCUUUGAUCCUUCUCAAGUGAAAAGUUCGUCAGGCACCAACAGUAAUAACAGCAAAAAACCAGCCAUGAAUACGACUGCUUCAUUCCAGAAUAGUUUUACACCUGAGAGUGUGCCAACACGAGUUCAAAGUGCACCCUUGACGCAUCAUGUUACACCCAAAGCUCAGAUGGCAACCAAGAUUCUUCAAACACAGCCUAGUUCGCCCAUGAAACCUGAGCGACAACAGCAAGUAACACCGCAAAAGGAAGAAGAAGAAAUAGCGGUGAAAGAGACAAAGGAGCACGAGGCUAAGAUGAAUCGUGGUGUAUCCUCAAGUAUCGAAGAAAGAUUUAUGGCUAUUAAAAAUGCCGGCAGAAAUAGUAUACCGAUCCAACAACAACAGCAGCCCUCGCCUACCAUGACUACCAGUACACCUAAAAAGAAUAAACCUGCUCCACCACCUAAACCUGCUCGAUUUAGAUCCAAAGCAACCAAUGUUGUACCAACAGUAGAUGAUUUUGAAAAUAAGUUUCCUUCUUUAGAGGAAUUAGACAAAUCCAUUUCUGAAUAA